GCUCUGUGUCCGCAGCGGCGCUCCGUACAUGAACAUCAACCGAAUGAACGGAACGGAUGUCGGGCGGCGCUGCUCGGUUAAUUAAACACACCGUGGGCUCCGUCAUCACCUCGAGCGCGUCCGCCUCAUUUAUUAUACUAAGGGGUGAGUCUGAGGCAUGUCCACCCCAGAGCCCCCGUUAGGAGGGACGCCCUGUCCGGGGCCUUCGCCUGGUCCAGGCCCGUCUCCAGGGGCCGUGCUGGGUUCAGGACUGUCCCCUGGAUCCUCACACAGCAUGAUGGGCCCCAGUCCUGGACCGGCUACUUCGACAGGACACUCCUUUCCUCAGCAAACAUCUGCGGGAUACAGCCAGGAGAGUUUGCACCAGAUGCACAAGCCUGUGGAGGAGAGUCUUUCAGAAGACACUCGUUUCAGUCAGAUGAAGGUCGUUCCAAUGAGGGCCAGUCACAGCGGGAUGACGCGUCCAGGGAGCCCGAUGGACCAGCACUCUCAAGGUCUUACAGGUUUGGAACGACAUGAGGGAUACCCGUCACCGCUGGGCGCUUCAGAGCACGUGUCCAGUCCCGUGUCUGCCAGCGGGCCUCCAUCCGGUCCCCUCCUGUCCACCUCCGGCUCUAGUUCAGCCUCGUUGGAGGGUGUGGAUGGCCAAACGCUGCCGCAGCAAAACCGCCCGGGAAGCCAAAGUGCCGCCUCUGUCUCCGGCAGCAGCGCCUCAGGCUCUUCCGCCACCCCAACACCCUUCAACCAGAGCCAGCUUCACCAGUUGCGUGCUCAGAUCAUGGCCUAUAAGAUGUUGGCGCGCGGGCAGCCUCUACCAGAUCACCUGCAGAUGGCAGUGCAGGGUAAGCGGCCCAUGCCAGGCAUGCCACAGGGACCAUCCUUGUCCAGUUUGCCACCGGGUGGUGGAGGAAGUGCCGGUUUCAGCCGAGGACAUGGGAUGGUGGGACCUAACAUGCCUCCUCCUGGACCUUCUGGAGUUCCAGCUGGUGUUCAGGGCCAGAACCACAACGGACCCCCCAAACCAUGGCCUGAAGGUCCUAUGGUCAAUGCAGCAACCCCCUCCAACGCUCCUCAGAAGCUGAUGCCACCGCAGCCCACUGGACGUCCCUCACCUGCUCCGCCGUCGGUGCCACCGGCCGCCUCACCGGUCAUGCCGCCACAAACCCAAUCACCAGGACACCUGGCCCACCCGUCUCAGUCCACCACCAUGGUGCCGCUGCACCAGAAGCAGAACCGCAUCACGCCAGUUCAGAAGCCCUGCGGUCUGGACCCGGUUGAGAUUCUGCAGGAAAGAGAGUACAGGCUUGAAGCUCGUAUCGCACACCGUAUUCAGGAGCUGGAGAAUCUUCCGGGGUCUCUGGCUGGAGAUUUGCGCACCAAAGCAACUAUUGAGCUCAAAGCUCUCAGACUGCUCAACUUCCAGAGACAGUUGCGUCAGGAGGUGGUGGUUUGCAUGAGACGAGACACGGCCUUAGAAACAUCACUGGACUCCAAGGCCUAUAAGCGCAGCAAGAGACAGUCGUUACGUGAGGCGCGAAUCACAGAGAAACUAGAGAAACAGCAGAAGAUCGAACAGGAACGCAAACGCAGACAGAAACACCAGGAGUAUCUCAACAGCAUCCUGCAGCAUGCCAAGGACUUCAAGGAAUAUCAUCGCUCCAUUACAGCAAAGAUCCAGAAACUGACCAAAGCCGUGGCCACGUACCAUGCCAACACUGAGCGCGAGCAGAAGAAGGAGAAUGAGCGCAUCGAGAAAGAGCGAAUGAGACGCCUGAUGGCUGAGGAUGAGGAGGGUUACAGGAAGCUCAUCGACCAAAAGAAGGACAAGCGUCUGGCGUAUCUGCUCCAGCAGACGGACGAGUACGUGGCCAAUCUGACGGAGCUUGUCCGCGCCCAUAAAGCUGUCCAGGCCCUGAAAGAGAAGAAGAAGAAGAAGAAGAAGAAGAAAAAGAAGCUGGAGAAUGCAGAGGGACAGACGGGGACUCUGGGACCAGAUGGAGAGCCCCUAGAUGAGACAAGUCAGAUGAGUGAUCUCCCAGUGAAGGUGAUCCACGUGGACAGUGGGAAAAUUCUGACCGGAGUGGACGCUCCUAAAGCUGGACAGCUGGACACAUGGUUGGAGAUGAACCCUGGUUACGAGGUCGCGCCACGCUCGGACAGCGAGGAUUCUGGGUCAGAGGAGGACGAGGAAGAGGAAGAGGAACCUCCUCAGCUUCUGCCCUCUCAAACUCCUGGGGAGGAGAAGAAGAAAAUUCCCGACCCAGACAGUGAGGACGUGUCAGAGGUGGACGCGCGUCACAUCAUAGAACAUGCUAAACAGGACGUGGAUGAUGAGUACGGUAGCGCUGCGUUCGCGCGUGGGUUGCAGUCAUAUUACGCUGUGGCUCAUGCGGUUACUGAGCGGGUGGACAAACAGUCGUCUCUGCUGAUCAACGGUCAACUCAAGCAAUACCAGAUCAAGGGCUUGGAGUGGCUGGUGUCUCUGUAUAACAAUAAUCUGAACGGGAUCUUGGCGGAUGAGAUGGGUUUGGGCAAAACCAUCCAAACCAUCGCGCUUAUCACAUACCUCAUGGAGUACAAGCGUCUAAACGGACCCUACCUCAUCAUCGUGCCGCUCUCAACUCUGUCUAACUGGGUCUAUGAGUUUGAUAAAUGGGCUCCUUCUGUUGUCAAAGUCUCGUACAAAGGAUCUCCUGCUGCUAGAAGAGCCUUCGUACCGCAGCUGCGCAGCGGCAAGUUCAACGUGCUGCUCACUACUUACGAAUACAUCAUCAAAGACAAGCAGGUGCUGGCCAAGAUUCGCUGGAAGUACAUGAUAGUGGACGAAGGUCAUCGGAUGAAGAACCAUCACUGUAAGCUGACGCAGGUGUUGAACACGCAUUAUCUGGCACCGCGGCGGGUGCUGCUGACGGGGACGCCGCUGCAGAACAAGCUCCCGGAGCUCUGGGCGCUGCUCAACUUCCUGCUGCCCACCAUCUUCAAGAGCUGCAGCACGUUCGAGCAGUGGUUCAACGCUCCCUUCGCCAUGACCGGAGAGAAGGUGGACCUGAAUGAGGAGGAGACCAUCCUGAUCAUUCGCCGCCUGCAUAAGGUGCUCCGCCCCUUCCUGUUGCGCAGGCUGAAGAAGGAAGUCGAGGCGCAGCUGCCUGAGAAGGUGGAAUAUGUGAUAAAGUGUGACAUGUCGGCCCUUCAGAGGGUUCUGUACCGACACAUGCAGGCCAAAGGAGUGCUGCUAACCGACGGCUCCGAGAAAGACAAGAAGGGUAAAGGCGGCACUAAGACUUUAAUGAACACCAUUAUGCAGCUGAGGAAGAUCUGUAAUCACCCCUACAUGUUCCAGCAAAUCGAGGAGUCAUUUUCUGAGCAUCUGGGUUUCUCGGGCGGUAUAGUUCAAGGGGCUGACCUGUAUCGAGCCUCAGGAAAGUUUGAGGUGCUGGAUCGUAUUUUGCCCAAAUUACGGGCGAGCAAUCAUAAAGUGCUGCUCUUCUGCCAAAUGACCUCACUGAUGACCAUAAUGGAGGAUUAUUUUGCUUACCGCAACUUUAAAUAUCUUCGUUUGGAUGGCACAACCAAAGCAGAGGAUCGUGGGAUGCUGCUAAAGACCUUCAAUGAUCCGGCCUCUCAGUACUUUAUAUUCCUGUUGAGCACCAGGGCAGGUGGACUGGGCCUCAAUCUACAGAGCGCAGAUACCGUCAUCAUAUUUGACAGCGACUGGAACCCUCAUCAGGACCUCCAGGCGCAGGAUCGAGCCCACCGGAUCGGACAGCAGAACGAGGUGCGGGUUUUGCGUCUCUGUACCGUGAACAGUGUAGAAGAGAAGAUCCUGGCAGCCGCUAAAUACAAGCUGAAUGUCGACCAGAAGGUGAUCCAGGCCGGCAUGUUCGACCAGAAGUCGUCGAGUCAUGAGCGCCGAGCGUUUCUGCAGGCCAUUCUGGAACACGAGGAGCAGGACGAGGUCAGGAGUAUCACUCUCCCUGCGUAUAGUAGGCGACAAACAGAAGAAGACGAAGUGCCGGACGAUGAGACCGUAAAUCAGAUGAUCGCCAGGAGUGAAGACGAGUUUGACCAGUUCAUGCGUAUGGAUUUGGAUCGACGCCGCGAGGAAGCUCGCAAUCCGAAGCGAAAGCCCCGUCUCAUGGAGGAGGACGAGCUGCCCACGUGGAUUAUGAAAGAUGAUGCCGAGGUGGAAAGACUCACCUGUGAGGAAGAAGAGGAGAAGAUGUUUGGCCGUGGCUCCCGGCAGAGAAAAGAGGUCGAUUACAGCGAUUCGCUCACAGAGAAACAGUGGCUAAAGGCUAUUGAGGAUGGAACUCUGGAGGAGAUCGAGGAGGAGGUGCGACACAAGAAAACGGCUCGGAAGAGGAGGCGCGAUCGGGAUCCGGAUGCCAUUCCGUCCACUUCAGGUGCUCGUGGAGGGAGAGACAGAGACGACGACAGCAAAAGACAGAAAAAACGAGGUCGUCCGCCAUCCGAGAAGCUUUCGCCGAACCCUCCAUCACUCACCAAGAAGAUGAAGAAGAUUGUGGAUGCUGUUAUUAAAUACAAGGAGAAUAACGGUCGUCAGUUGAGUGAGGUGUUCAUCCAGCUGCCAUCACGGAAGGAGCUGCCCGAGUACUAUGAGCUGAUCCGCAAACCUGUGGACUUCAGGAAGAUCAAGGAGCGCAUCCGGAGUCAUCGGUACCGCAGCCUCAAUGAUCUGGAGAGAGACGUGAUGUUGCUGUGUCAAAACGCUCAAACCUUCAACCUCGAGGGCUCACUGAUCUACGAGGACUCUAUCGUGCUGCAGUCGGUGUUCACCAGCCUGCGCCAGAAGAUUGAAAGAGAGGAAGAGAGUGAUGGAGAGGAGAGUGAGGAAGAUGAAGAGGAUGAAGGCUCUGAUUCAGAGACUCGGUCUGUGAAGGUGAAGAUUAAACUGAGCCGUAAGGACAGAAGCGCAGAGCGCGGCAGAGGACGCAGGAGAACCGCGAGAACCCGUGCGAAACCCGUCGUUAGUGAUGAUGACACUGAUGAGGAGCAGGAGGAGGAUCGAUCCAACAGCGCCAGCGAGGAGGAGCAGGGAUGAAGAUCCACAUCAAACCAAUAAAGAAAUAAACUCAUCAUACAGUAAAUGAACACCAACAAUCCCCGUCACCUCACAAUGCUUUACGCCCAGAAUAAUCGUACAUUUACACAUUCAUUAUGCGUUCGUGAAGAAAGAAAGAAUCUCUGUGCCUGUAUUGAGAUGUUGUGGCUGUCAACGCGUUUGCUUUUUAAAAUCUCACAGUGAAGCUGAGACUUCAGACCUAUGCGAGAUGCUGUUUAGACAUCGUCAUGUUUCUGUGACACUGAAUAUUAGACAUUGCCAUUAUAGAAGAGCAACAUUUGUGAUCAUCUGUCAAAUAAUUUAGUAUGAACCAGUAACCUGUCAAUUAAUUGCACUAGUGUGUUAUUUGCAUGUACAGUAGAUGUAAUAGUAUAGAAGCAGCCUGUUAUUAUAUGAUCAUUAUUUUGCUGUAAAAGCUGUUUAUGUGUGUUAUGUGAUGAGUUUUAGGGCCGUUCACACUGACCCUGUUUACAGGCACUUGAGGGUUCUUGCAGACACUCUGAAACCUCAUGUAAACAUGAACAAGAAGCGGUUUAAGGGGCUGUUCGCACAGAACGUGUUUUCGCAUUCCAUUUUGCUGCUUUUCCAUUGUUUUUCUAUGUAAACGUGUUUGACCCCUGCACUCAUGUCUCGCUUCUUUUGCAGCGUCUCGCGCAUGACACGGCAUUCUAAAAACGCGUUUCACGUGAAGUAUUUUCCCAUAGAAAACAAUUAUGAAGAAAACUCUUGGCUUAAUGUACUAAGACAGUGACAUUAAAAGACCAAACUCACUAUACACCUUAUUGAUGAUGAAUAGCCUACUAUAUACAGACACACUGAUGGGAACAGAAUAUGAACACAAUGCGCUAAAUUGCACAUUAAGCGUUUUCUUUAUAAUGGUUUUCUAUGGGAGGAAAAUGUGAAACUUUGCUUGUUGCGUUCAUAUUCUGGACUCACGUGAUUGCCUGUACAAAGUAUGUUUUAUUAAUAAGCUAUAUACUGAAUUUGGUAUUUUAAUAUAACUGUCUUGAGGCAUUAAGCCAUGCUUCGUGGGCAAUUUAACGCAUUGCGUUCAUAUUCUGUGCUCAUCUGUUUGUAUAUAUAUGAGUUAUGUGUUAAUGGGACCAUCAAAAUAAAGGUAAACCUCACUUUGUAAAGAAACACUAUGCGCCUAUUGACUGAACACGUAAUAAGCAUGUGCAUUACAUGUUUACACGGAGAUGAUAACGGUAUCAUUUUCAAAAACUUGUACUUUAGAAACCCGUUUUCAAAAGUUUGAGUUUUCAGGCCUCCAAAAUGCGGUUGACGUGUAAAUGAAUGGCCAAAAUGCAUAAAAAGUUUUCAGUUUUUAGUUGAAAACUGUCAUGUAAAUGGCCCCUCGGUUUAGUCUUUUUAUAUCACUGUAUUAUUCCAUUAAGCCACAUUAAGCGUUUUUCAUGUUAAGUGUUCUAUUCCACUCUGCUGCUUUUCCGUUGUUUUUUUUCUAUGUAAACAUGGACUAGAUCGUAGCGCUCACAUAGGGCCGGUUCACCCAACACGUGUUAAAAACGCGAGACACAGGUCAGUGGAACGAAAAAAGCGCAAGGUUUUGAGACCCAUUUUUUUUUUUAAAUGAAUAUGUUUUUUUCUGUUAAAGGUCAGUCAAGUGAAAAAGGUCGCAAGUUAAACCACUUUUAGCUUGAGUGUUACGUUUUUAGAAUGCUACGUCAUAUGCACGAGAUGCUGCUAAAGAUGCGAGUUUACAUUGAAAAAUAAUGGAAAAGUAGUGCAAUGGAAUGGAAAAAUGUGUUCUCUGUGACCUGGCCCUUGAACUUCUUUUAACUUGAGCGCCGCUUCAUGCACAAGAUGCUGCAAAAGGCAGGAGACGCAAGCACAAUGUUAAAGACAUCAGUCUGGCACGUGUUUACAUUGAAAAACAUUGGAAAAGUAGUGCAGUGGAAUGGAAAAACACAUUCUGUGUGAACGUUUAAAACAAACUGCGUCACUAUACCUUGCAUUUUUUCCCAUUCCCACUGACUUGUGUGAACGGCCCCUUUUAUUAGAAUGUCCCCGUGGGAUCCUGAAUGAAGAAGCGGAGUUUGUCUGCACUUUCAUCGGUUGUCACUGAAUCGCUGCUCAUUUAUGUAACGGUGAAAUGUGCUGAACUCUGCCAUCGCUGGAAAUCGUCAGCUGUCAUUGAAUGAUGAUGUCCGAUUGAGUCGAAUCGCUCUCCAUGUGAACGGCCAUUCAGUCAGACGUUUCCGUGGAUUACGUGCCGUUUGAAGAGUCUGAGCGUUUCUGUUUAUUCAUGUUAAAGACUGUCUGUUGCUGCUCACUGAUUUUUAACUCUGUAUCUGGUGUUUUGUUGGCUGAUUUGCUCUGUGACUGUAGAUGAAUCAUAUUAUUCCUGAUGUUUCUAGCAGCUCUUUAAUGGCAUGUGCACUUACUGUAGUGAAUGUAUGUUUGUGCGUGUAGAUUUUCAUUCACUAGAUGAUACCCAAUAAAUAUUAAAUCCUUA